AAUGACUUGAGGCGCCGCGCACCUCCAGACGGAACCGAUGGCCUACUAUGAGAUGGGCGGCACUGUCAGAUAUGUUCAGUCGCGUUCAACAUUGGUCGAGCUCGUACGAAGUUCGAGCCACCUGAAGCAGGCAAGGGCGUGAGACAGGACUACAUCAGAUACGAUACACUUCGAUGCCUAGCAUUUCGGCGGCAAAGUGGAUGUAGGGAGGAUGAUGGAGGCAUACAUGUUGCGGGGCCGGGUUGUUCUUUCGAUGGAGCUUACAGUGGGCAUCGUUCAACCUGGCAGAAAUGAAGGGCAUGAGUCGGCCACGAUGUAUUGUCAAAAAUCCUGCACAAUAUCUUUGGGAGGACGAUGGGACCGAAGAAGUGGAUGAUGAUGAUGACGGCGAGCAGGGAGAAGCAGAUGAAAUAGAAGGAGAGGAGCAAAAAGAGGAAGGAGUAGAAGAGAGAGUAGAGGAAGGAGUGAAAAGGAGAUGGGACGAAAGCAGGGAUGACUAUUAGGAUAAAGAGCAACACGACCACGAAAGGCCAGCGAGUACGUCAUCACUCCUCAAACAGCAGACUGGGUGACAGCUCGUUGGUUACAUCUUCUACACCGACACCAAGUAAACUUCGGCAUUGAAGAAUUCUCGCCUUCAAACUAC